CCCCAGGGCUAUGCUGUGCGUUGGCAAAUGAAACGACUUUUCAUCGUCCAAUUCACCUAGGUAAUCGAACAACGAAUCGGCGUCGCUCGAUACUAAGUGGCCCUGACCAGAAAAGCAUCGGCCAUGUCACACAAAACGCGCAUGGAUUGCGAGGCGGAGGUGCGAUCGUGGGGUUUUCCUCACGUCUUCACCUGGACAGACGGCCCCAACGCUCACUACAAACCGCACUCUCAUGCUGGCUUGACAACGCAUCUGAUCAUCACUGGCCAGCUGACUAUCAUGUACCCGAAGGAUCCUAAGCCCGAGAAGAAGACGUAUAUCGUCGGCGACCGCAUUGACGUCGAUGCUGGCCGCGUCCAUGAGGUCUGGAUAGGGAAUGAGGGAUGUACUUACGUCAUCGGAGAAUGAUUCGCCUAUAAUGACUUGGUCAUAUGUAAGGUAGCGAAAUGGCAUUCAAGCUUUCGGAGCAAAAGUAGUUUAUGCCUCCUCAUCAGUCCGACUAUGAAGUACGAGUAUAUGAUUGCCUCUCGACUAGUUCUCGUAUAGGACGUACUAGAUUAGCUAGUAAUUCGUUUGAACAUAGAUUCUCCAUUUGCCAUAAUGGCAAUAAAUGUCAGUUUACACAAGAGCACCGUGCUAAGUUGCCAGAAC